AGUGUAAAGUUUUAUUAACCUGUCAUCCUAUUGUUAAGAUGUCGUCACUUGUAUUUUAGAGGAUUUCAUUUACCGACUGUAUUUUGACGGCCAUUUUGAUUCUGUCAUCGGUAAUUGGUGCAGUCUGAUGUAAAUUUUUUUGCAUACCCGUUAAUUUCAAGCUUUCGCGCGUAAUGAAACAAAUGAAAAACAAAUAUUACUGUAAAAAUUUCAACACAUUGGCCAAAGUGAGAAUAAAAACAUCGUAGCAUCGAAAAAACUGUCUUUUCUUUGUUCAAUAUACAGGUAGGCCUCUUACAACGCGGCAUUCUAUAACAAGGUUUCCUUCCAAAAAAUCUUUUAUACAACUGAGCAGCCUGAAAGCAAAAGUGUCUCACGCUUUUGGUCGGUAGACUACGUUAAGCCACGGUGUUUUAAAGAAUAAUUUUGUCAUCUUUAAGACAUUAAGUAUCAGUCGCAAACCACCAUGUCCGAUAAAGAUAAAAAAAUAAUUUUAAGAAGAAAAUUUAUUUCUUUAGAAGCGAAGAUACAAAUUUUGGAUCGUCUUUUAAAAGGUGAAAAAGCAUCUCACAUUGCAAAAAGUUUGAAUUUGAAUGAAGCAACAGUUCGGACUAUUAAGAAAAAUGAAAAAGAGAUAAGAAGUGCAGUUGCUGCAGGAUCAUUGAUAUCCGCAAAACGUUCGGCUCGUCCUCGUGCGCCAAUAAUUGAGAAGAUGGAAAAGAUACUCAGAGAUUGGAUUGAUGAUUGUUGUCAAAAAAGUAUUCCAUUGGAUGGUAAUAUAAUUAGACAAAAAGCACUGAAGGUUUAUAAACAUCUUAAAGAACAUGGAGAAUCCUUUGUAAUACCAGAUUUUGUUGCUAGUAAAGGUUGGUUUGAAAAAUUCAAAAAACGUUUUGCAGUUCAUAGUAUAAAAAUUCAAGGAAAAUCUGACUCGGUUGAUCAUGAAGCUACUAAAACGUAUCCAGAAAAUAUACAAAAGAUUGUAGAAGAGGAAGAUCAGGUUUUCAAUGCUGACGAAACUACACUUUGGUGGAAAAAAAUGCCCAAUAGAACGUUUAUAUCGAAAGAAUCUUCAGGUGAAAUAGAAAAUGUGCAUGAAUCGUCACAAAAUGAAAUUGAUAAUAUAUUUGAACUUGCCGAAUCAAUCGAAAAUGAUGAUCUUGUGAAUAUGGCUGUUGAGAACGUUCAAUGUUUAUUAUCGGAAGAUGAAGUUGACGUUGCUAAUUUGAUGAAAAUGGCAUCGGAAGAUGUAAAUCAAAUCGAUCCUGAGGACUCUAGUACUGAUGAAGAUUGUUCAGUUAAUAAUUUAACAUUAACAAAAUUACAAGAAGGUCUAAACUUAGCUAAAAAUCUCGAAUCAUUUUUCUUGAAUGCAGAUACUUCCUCAGAAAGAAGCCGAAAUUUCAAAAGGGAGCUGCAAAAUUGUUUAGCUCCAUAUCUAGAAAUUUACAAUGAUCUUUUAAGAAACAGCAAGCAAAGUAAAAUUACAGAUUUUUUCAAGAUAGAAAAUAAUGCAGGAACUUUAAUUGAAGAAAAAUGUUUUGAAAAUGAAGAUGAUAUCAUUCCAUUGAAAAAAAAACGUUCUCGAUUGAUUAAAUUGAGCAGUGACGAUGAAGAAAUUUCUUAACUGUAAAUUUACAUUAAGAUAUUUUCAAUAUCUUAUUAUUUUAUAUAAAAAAAAUGACGUGUGAAGAAAUAUUUGGACAAGAAUUUUGAUUUUAAUUAUCAAAAGAGUUUGACUUGAUCGAAUAUCAGAAUGAGAGACAGUUGAGCAAUGAAUGUUCAUCAAAAAUAAUAAUAAAUACAGCUACAGAUUGUUCUGGACAGAAAUCUUGUCAAAUCAAAAGUAAAAAAUAAUAAAAAGGUAUUUGGAAAAUGUGCAACACAAAAUGCUUUUAUUUGUAACAAAAUUUUACUGAAAAUGCAUAAAGGUAAAUAAAACUUACUUAAA